CUAAAAAAUAGGGAUAGUUUAAUAAAUUUGCCCUUUUUUUCCUAUCCAAAACUUCUUCGCCUCUCCCGCUCUCGAUCCUUCACUCUCCAGUCUUCACUCAUUUGGUGCGAAUCCAUCUCUCCAGUUAUCCACCAAGUCUGCAAUGAGUGCCUGUCUCCGCUCAUCUGUUUCUUCUCUGGAAUGCAAUCUACGAAGUAAUCGGCGAGAGCUCUCUUCCGUUUUUCUUCGUUCUGUUUAUUCUAAUGCAUCCAAUUUGUGGUUUACAUCGCCACUUUCUCGAAAUAGAGGGUUAGGGUUUAGAUAUAGUAGAGCACAUUCGAGAUGUUACGGUUGCGUUCAAGGAGCAAUUUCGCGGGAAACAGAAGAUUGCUUGGAUGAAGCCGCUUCAGGCAAUUUAAUUCUCGAGCCACCGUGCAAUUUGACAAAAGACAACGUCGAGGAAUUGCUGGGCAACAGAGACAGCGUCGCAAGAUUGAUGAAGAUGGAGCGAAGGUCUGAAGUUGAGGAUGGAGUGGAGUUCAGUCGGAAGGGGCGCUGGUUUCCAUAUCUCGAUAUGUUUAAGACGGGGAGUACAUUUCUGACGAGCCGUGAAGUACUUGAAGCUGUUGAUCCAUACAUUUUGGACGUUCGCAAGGAGAGGAUCAGGAAGGUUGUGAAGAACAGAAGCUAUUCCGUCUGCUUGGUAGUUGAAGGUCUGACAGAUUUUGGGAAUGUUUCCGCUGUGUUCCGCUCGGCUGAUGCGCUUGGGUUCCAAUCGGUUCAUGUGGUCUCCUGUGACAGCUCGAAAAGGUAUAGAGACAAUCGUCAUGUUAGCAUGGGCGCUGAGAAAUGGUUGGACAUUGAACUAUGGAACUCCACCAAGGAGUGCUUCAGGGUGUUAAAAUCACGUGGGUAUCGCAUUGCCACAACACACGUGGGAAUUGAUGCGGUAUGGAUCGGCCUCAUCUCAGUUUCAAUCUAUGACAUGGAUUGGUCAUGCCCAACUGCGAUUGUUGUUGGAAAUGAAAGUAGGGGUAUUAGUGACGAGGCACUCAAAUUGUCUGAUUUGCAUUGUAGUAUUCCUAUGAAGGGAAUGGUGGACUCCUUCAAUGUUUCAGUUGCUGCGGGCAUCCUCAUGCACCAUGCUGUUUGUGAUAGAACUUCUCGCCUGGGUUGUCAUGGUGACCUGCCCAUUGAAGAAAGCCAAAUCCUACUUGCAGAGUUCUCACUGCGCCACAGCAAGAACGCUAUCAAUAUUGCCCAUGAGUAUGCCGAGCGGAAAGCAAGGGGCCCAUUUCUAACUUCUAAGAUUUGACAAGUAACUGUUAAAUCUUUAAUGCUCUUGCUGAAUAUUUUGAAGUUUGGAUGCCAGAACCUCUUUUAUAGGUGGGUUGUCUGAUAUUGAAACUUCAAAUGAUGCUUUCUGGUUUGGUGGAAUGAUCUUAACUUGGCCAUGCCAAUGAAACAUGCCAGAAGCAAAUUAUUACAAUAUUAACUUACUAUGCUUUGGCAGGUUUUAUCAUUCAGAAGAUUGGAUUGGACACAUUCCAACAAAAAGAUUUCAUUUCUGUAAAAUUUUGAAUCUACAUUGAAUAUAUGGAACCUGAAGUAUUUGUUGUCUUUGCCACGUGGUAAUGCAGUUAGCAUGUUAAAUUUCUGCAA